AUGUCAAAAAUUGAAGAAGUUCCAAUUUCUGACGUUGAAGAAGAUGAAUCGACCUACGAAGGUGGUUCUAAUGAAGUUUAUCUUGCUUUGAUCGAUGCUGCAGUUAAGGAGACCGAUGAAUUAGGUGUUGAAGAUACUUUUAUUGGCGGUACUCCACUUUGGUUGCAUCCUGAGUCUAUUCCAGCUAAUGAUUUGUUGAUUUGUGGAGCUUGCAAGAAGAAUGAUAAUAUGAAGUUACUUAUUCAAGCUUUUUGCCCAUUAGAUAUUGAUCAAGUGGAUGAGAUUCAACAAUCUAUGGGGGUUAAUGAUAUGAGGAAUGUAGAUUCUGAGAACGAUAGGGUGUUGUACGUUUUCUUAUGUACUAAAUGUCAAAGAAAGGGAAAUUCUGUACGCUGUAUUAGAGGUGUCAAAAAAAAUUCAAAAUCAUCAAUUUCAACUUCAGAUGUUGUAACUAAUAAGAUAAAUUCUUUGGAUGAGGGAAAGAAAUUCGACAUAAAUCCUUUUGAUCUAUCAAAUGGUUCUCAGAAUCCUUUCGAUGGUCCAAAUCCAUUUCAAUCUUCAUCCUCAACUGAUAAUAAUCCUUUUGAAAAUGCCAAUGCUACCGAAAAGGAUACUAAGAAAGAAUCAAUGAAAACUUCAAGAAAGGUUCAUGAUUCUCAAAAGGAUAAAGAAUUCGAUUCAAAAGUUGCUUUUAAGAGUUAUUUAUUAUUUGUUGAACCUGAAUCAUUUAAGAAUAAACAACCCGAUCAUUUAAAACUACCCAAGAAUUUAAAGAUCGAUAAAGAUGCCUUAGAAUUAGGUAAUGACAUAGAAGAAGAUUUAGAGAAAAAUCCUAUUAAAUUGGAUCCUCGUACUGAAAAGCUUUCAAAAUUCCUUGAUGAUGAUGUUUUCCAAAAAUUCCAAGAGAUUGUUGGUUAUAAUCCAUUUCAAGUAUUACGUUAUGAUUUUGGUGGUAAACCAUUGUUAUAUGCUUCUUCAAAAGUAGAUUACGAUAAAGCUGUACCAAGUCCAUCUUAUAACCCUUCUUCCAAGAGAGUAUUCGAAAUGCAGUUAAUGCCAAAGAUGAUCUUAGAUUUGGAAGAAACUGUCUCCUUAGAAGAUAGUAUGGAAUGGGGUACAAUUUUGGUUUAUACUGAUAUAGGAAAUUGUAUUCCAAAAUUCGAUGAAAAUGGUGUAGGCUACGUAGAGGAAGUUGUUAAAGUACAAUGGGAAACAAGAAGUAAAUAG